AUGAUUUCGAAUUUCACCUGGUGCUUGAUCUUGGCACGAGCCUUGUGUUGUGUGGCAUCUACAGCACCUGUACUUCCUCCAAUUCAUUACACCAUUUCUCGGCGAUCAGGCAGCUUUCCUGCGCCAGAUACUGCCAACCUCACACACCUCCUUCAAGAACUAAAAGUGGUAGAGACCCGCUUCAAUGCGACUACUCGUGAUUUCAAUGGCAACAAAGUUGUGCGGAAACCCAGACGGGUUCAUGGUACUCAGGCCAGCACAAUUCUGCUUGGAGAGGUAGGAAGAGAAGGGAACUGGUUUGCGACCUUAAGAAUGGGAGAGCCUGUACAAACCGUGGACAUGGAUCUUGAUAUGCUGACGGCGGACUUUUGGGUGUUGAGUACAAGCAGUUCGAAAGGGAGUUGGUUUCUAGAUUUCAACAGCAAGACCUAUGUCGAUUCAGAAGUACCUCUUUCCUUUCCGACAUGUCGAGGGCCAACAGACGUGGUACACUUGCCUACAGUACAGCGAGCAAUUCCUGUUACUUUUGCUCAUUGUAGACCUGCCAAACAAUGGCUUCGAGCUCUUCUCCCUUCCGGAUCAUAUCUUGGACUGGCUUCUUCGGCUUCCUUAAGUCAGACUAAGGCAGACGGAUUGUUGCAGCAGCUAUUAGAGAAGAAAGCGGUUGACAUGCCGAUAUGGUCAGUGCUGCUUAUUAACGGAAAGGAAGGAAUCUUCAGCAUUGGGGGUACUCUCGCUGCUUCAGUGAGACAGGUUGAGAAAGAGACGGACGAGAUGCUGAAUCCUGGUGAGCACGACGAGACGAAACGAGAUACAUCUAAAGCAAUAGUGGAAGACGAUACGAAAGACUGGAGAUGGAUGAAGGUGCAUGGCGCAGAAGGAUGGUGGCAAAUUCUUAUGAGAGGAAUUUGGAUCGAUGGGAUGAAGAUGCUGGACAAUCAACCAAUCGUGCUAGACGUCAAUACACCAUUCAUCGUCGCACCACCACUAGCAGCGCGGUCAUUCUACUCGUCUAUCUCCGGUAGUAGGCAGUUAUCUCCUCCAUUUGACCAAUUUCAUGCAUAUCCAUGUUUUAACCCACCGAAAAUACACUUUGAAUUCGAACAGUGGAACGUUCAAGUAUUGAAGGGAAAGAGAGACAAGGGCACCUUUUCGCCGGGGGGAAGAUUCUCCCUGGGAAGAAUGGCAACAGGAAGUGGAUACUGCAUUGGUAUUGUGGUUGAAUCGAGGAUGGGUGUUGGAACAGCUCUCGCUUGGGGAGAAUCUGUAUCGACUUUUAGUAUGGAUGGAGGCAAUGGACUUGCUGAUGUCUGGAUCAUCGGAGAGCCGUUCUUUCGGGAUGUUCAGGUUGCCUUCAACUCCCUCUUCCUCAUCGCCACAACUGCUCUAGCAGCAGCGAUCCCCUUCUUCCCUUCCGCACAGCUCAUUUACAGCGAUCUUGUAGCCCUCGACAACAGCGUCCUAGCUCUCAAAUCAACCAUCCAGUCCUACACAGGCGGCCUCCUCACCGCAACACCUAUCAUCGGCGGCGUAACGGCUGUACAUAUCGCAAACCGAAAAGCGUAUACUGAUGCUUUGCUCAUUCCUAAUGCCACGCUCGCAGAUUCACAGAUCAUUGUGGACUUUGUAAGUGCGACCCUGGCGAAGCAUAUCCCGGAGUCAGUGGAGAUCUUGGAGGGGAAGAAGAGCCUGUUUGAGAAGGAUCAGUUAGAGGGAACAGUAUUGGAUAGUUUGAAGCUGUUGAAGUAUGACCAUGAUAGUUUGAGUGCGGCAUUGGUGCAGAAGAUUGAUCCUAUAGUACUACCGCAAGCUCAGGUUGCCGUGAAAGUUAUCGAUGAUGCUUUGGAUAGCGGCGUUGCGACAUUCUCUUCUUAG